GAAAUAUUAAAUAUAGAAGAUAGGCUUUUCUGUACGUUUGUACAUUUUUUUUGCCAUAACGUGACAAAGGGGGCUCUCUGAAAGAUGUUUCUUUGGUGGAAACAAAAGUCCUGAUAAGUAACUGGUGAGUUACAGUCAAUUGCACCUUGAAUGAAAGGCGAGUUGAUGGCCAUGGCUCAGUAGACUAAGUAGCUCUAAUGCUGUCAAAUACGGAAGGGUGAAUAGAACUAAUGGAAACAAUUCUCUGGGACCCUGCAGACCUUUUGAUCUGCGUGGUUAUUAUUUGUGACGAACCAAACCCGGCCACGUUAGGCUCAGCGGCAGCACCCACCGGUCCACCCGAAAUCGGCCCGCUCAGCAAGCACACUGGGUGACGACUCAGCUUCCCUGGUGACGGGGCAGACCGACACCCCGCCCCUGGGUGGGCCUGCCUCCCUCAGCGGUCGCUGCUGCCAUGUUGCUGGAUGAGGCUGUUCAGUCGAUGGGUGGAAUUGGGCCACGCCAGGUGUACCUGGUUUCCUUGCUGACCUUGCUACAGCCACCCACAGGAAAACAAAGAAAUACAAGAGAGUCCAUAGAAUGCUAUACACAACAAAGUUUGACAAGGAUCAGUGUUCAAAAGGAGACACAUUGAGCAGGUAGUAAAAAAUAAACAAUAAUAUGUAGAACAUGAGCCGCAGAGUCUCCAAAACUGAAUGCACAGUUGACUGAAGCUGGUCCCAGAGCCCCCUGGUAACAGGGCAACAACAGCUCCUGAACCUGGUGACAUGGGGAAACGAGACUCUUGCGCAUACCACAUGGCAUUCCUGAGAGUCAAGUUCACUAAGUCCUUCAAAAAAUCUAAAAUUGUAAAACCGUUAGUUCUGUUUUGAGCAGGACUUGUACUUACAGGGAAAGUUGUUUAUCUUUGUAACAUCGAUAUGAGACUUGGAACUCGUUCUUUCUACUGUUAUCAACUAGCUAUCCACCCAUAACCUGUGUCCUUCAUUAAAAUGCAAUUUGUUUAGUCUCUCUUGUUGUGACAUCAUUUACACUUCUCACCGAUGUGAUUUUAUUCAGAUAUUAUAUAUAAGCACACCAAAUGUUAGUUAAAAUUUAAAUUAAGGGGAACCAUAGGUGCUUGUUGGAAACAACAAGGGAAUAAACUGCAAGGCCUGAUUGUGAUAUUGCUGCAAAUAUGUUUUAUUUUAAUUCUGUCUUCAGUUGUAUAACUGUAACUAUGAUGUAUGCAGACUGGAGAACCUUUGAAUAGUUUUAAGUUUGGGCUGAGACCCUUCAUAUGUCCCGAUGAAGGGUCUCAGCCAUAAAUGUCAACUGUUUACUAUUUUUCAUAGAUGCUGCCUGACCUGCUGAGUUCCUCUGGCAAUUUGUGUGUUGCGUUAGAUUUCUAGCAUCUGCAGGUUUUCUUGUGUCUAUCUGCUGGAAGUCUGUGUUUCUUGCUAGGUCCUGACGUUGGCUAUGCUCACUUUCUGUUGUAUAUUUGUCCAGAUUUUUACUGCCAAUCAUUUCGUCUUAAUGACCAUAAUUGGAGCAUCACCAACUUUUCAUUGGGAUUUCGGGCCGCUUUCAUCUAAUCAGAGCCAAGGUAACACCACAACCAAUGAGAUUCAGCAGUUUAAGGAUUGGCUUAAAGUGACGAAUGAAAGUGAGAUUCGAAAACAUGUUCAUUUUGAUCCUGGUUUCUCAUCUGUUAUUACUGAGUGGCUCCUCAUUGGAGAUGACUCGUACAAAAUCAGUCUGGCCAAUUCAGUAUAUUUCUUUGGUGUUUUGAUUGGUGUUGUUAUCUUUGGACAAAUUUCUGAUCGAUUUGGAAGGAAGAAAACUUAUUUGACAGGUCUUACACUUGAUAUCAUUUUUGGUAUUGCAAGUGGAAUUGCUCCAACAUACCAACUGUUUUUGGUAUCACGUUUCCUUGUUGGUGUGACUAAUGGAGGAAUGGGAUUGGUGUCCUUUGUUCUACUUCAAGAAUAUUUGGCUGUUUCUUAUUGGGCAAUGGCUGGUUCACUACAGAACUUCUCAUUUGCUAUUGGAAUUUCUCUGUAUGCGUUGAUUGGGUACUUUAUUCGAUCAUGGAGGAUACUGGCUAUUGUGAUCAAUAUUGAAGGAGUACUUAUUCUGCUGCCAUCUUUAUGUUUUCCAGAAUCUCCACGUUGGCUGAACGCUCAAGGAAGAUCGAGUGAAGCACAGCAUAUCCUUGAAACCUUCGCUAAAAAGGAUGGGCAUCUGAGGCGUGUUAGUCUAAAGUCACCAACCACUCAAAGUGGUGCUGAAACAGCUAGUAUUUUUGACCUUCUCCGACAUCAAGUUCUCUUGAGGCGAACACUAAUAUUAAUGUUUGUAUGGUUAGUAUGCAGUCUAGUGUACUAUGGUCUGACUCUAAGUGCAGGUGAUCUUGGUGGCAAACUAUAUCUAAACGUAGCGCUAUCUGGAUUGGCAGAGUUGCCAUCAUAUCCUAUAUGUCUCUUUCUCUUGAGUCAUACUUGGUCAGGUCGCAGACGAACACUAGCAGGAUUCCUGUUUGUGGGAGGUACAGCUUGCCUUAUCAUCAUAUUGCUUCCAGAAAAUAAAGGCAUCUUAUCUUCCAUUAGCAGACAAAUUUCCUUCAUUCUGGGUAAACUAUCUGUAAGUGCUGCAUUUAAUGUGGCCUACAUCUUUUCUUCUGAGCUCUUUCCCACCUCAGUCAGGAAUGUUGGAAUGGGGAUCUGUUCCAUGUCUUCUAGAAUUGGUGGGAUCAUUGUGCCCUUUGUUCCGUCACUGAAAGUCAUUCAGUCGUCGCUGCAGUUUGUGGUGUUUGGAAUCUCUGGAGUGUUAGCAGGAAUUCUUGCUUUGCUUCUACCAGAAACGCUGAAUAAACCGGUUCCAGAGAAGAUCUCUGACCUUUAUGGCAUGGUACACCACAAAGAUGGAGAAACAGCUGUUUCCCAUCAGCUGCAGGCAAGUGUUGUGAAUCAUGCAGGAAACAUCAGUAGUGAGAGUGAGAAAGAUUUUGAUUCCGAUGAAGAAACAGCAUUGAUUCAAUAACGUGAAGGAUAUUCUACAAUGUAAUGAGAAUGCAAAAGCUGUAAGCAGCACUUUACUUUUACAGUUUACUGGUGUUCAUAUACACCCAUCUAUUUAUUGAAAUGUUUCGUGGUAGUUGGGAUAUUAUUGUGUUCACAAUGUUUACAGGAUAUGGCCAAGCAAUAUUGUAUCUAUAGGUGAAUUUGGCAGCAGGACCUGGCUUGUAUUAGUGUUGUCAUUCUAUAAACAGGCAUUUUUACAUUUAUUGAUAUCCAGCUUCUUCUGCAUUCCAACUUACUAGGGCUUACUGUAUAUCUGACCCAGAAGGUAGUUGGUUCUACUACAAAUUCAAGUCUUGAGUUCAUAAGCAGAAUUAGCCUGUGAAGGAGCAGUUGUGUGCAGGAAAAAGCCUUUUCUAGCUUUCUGGUGUCAGAUUUUAAAAAGCAGCAGUGGGAAACAAGUAAGGUGACCUUCCAAUAAAAGUCCUCUACAUUAGAGCUAUCGUGCUGUUCUGUCUCAUAGGUUGCUGUACUUUAAAGUAGUACAUUUCUAAGUGGAAAUACUUAAUGACUGAAAUGCUAUACAAGAUUUUAAUUAAACUUUUUAUUUCUAUUUUGAGAAGUUAUCCAAGCUGAUUGCUGGAAAGUAAAAACUGGAGUAUUUUGUAUAUUUUUUUGCUGGAAAUGUAUACUUAGCCAUUUUACUUAUUUUAUGAAGAUAAUGAUGGCUUUUCAGCAUGGGGGGGGAACAGAUCUGGUACUGAAAAUGGAACAUAUUCUACUUCUGUCAUCUACUCAAGAAUACAGAAAUGUUGGUAGUCAUGGUAUGGUUCUCCAAUGCCCCAAGCAAUAAUUCCCCACCCCCACAGUAUUCUAAAUGCUAUUUAUAAUUUAAUCUCAUGCCAAAUCAUACUGGAUUGUUAGUGCCACAGGUUCAAGUCUACUAAAGAAUUGGUUAAGAUCACCCAGACUAGUUUCAUGAAAUGAGUGACGCUGGUAAUAGGAAACAUCUGUUUACCAGGGUCCCACUAUUGAAAGGAGAAAUUUUCUGAACUUGAAACAGCACAUUGAUUUUUAAAAGCUGAAAAAGUAUUUAAAAUUGAAUUCUGAAUUAUUGACCUUAAUGUUUUUAGACUUCAGGUACACUAAAGGCAAUAAUUCCCUGACUUCAUUUCCAAAGGAGAAUAUUUUUUAAAAUGUUGUCCAAUUUCAAGAAGCUGUUUUUAUAUAGGCUAAGAAGAUUUUUAUCUUGUAAGUACAAUAUUGAUUGAAAUAGGAUGAAAUGUAGUCAAUUUCCUUACUGACUGAGAAAUGAUUAAUGACAUAGUUUAAAACUUCUAGAUUCACAGCAAUCAUGGUCUUGCAAGGUGCCCCAAAACCAAAACAACUUAAAUAAAAAAAAAUACAGAUUAUUUGCAUUUUAAUUGUUUUUGUAUUUUCUGGGAAAAAUGCUCCAAAAUCGCAUCUUCAGUUGCUAGUGCCAACGUUCAACAAAUAAUAAAGCAUUGCAAUUAUAACAAUGACAAAAAUUCUCGCCAAACAUUAGUUUUAUCAUUCGUCCCUUGAAAAAAGAAAAAUCAUUGAAACGAACGUGGUGCACUUGGACUAGCAAGCAAAAAUGUUCAUUUCUAUUGUAAUGAGCAUUCCCUCCCUCUGCCAAUGACACUCUUGUAAUCCUGCGCACUGCUCGGAUGGACCUACCUACAUGGUAGACUUAACCCUUUCUGAUUCUGCUGAUCUGGUCAAAAAUGGUUUUAUUCUCUUUUCAUUUACAAAGGUUUAGUUUGAAUCAGUAAAUUCAAUAUUUUUUUGGCGAUGAUGGAUGAAAUCCCCUAACAACAAGAAGCUGAAUUCCUAAUACAAGUAUCAAACUGCCUGGUACUUUUUUCCCUUGUAGUGUUUGUAUUAUGUGUACUGUUUACAUUUAGUGUAGGCAUCCUGUAACAUUUAAUAAAUUGUUAUUGUAUUCUGAAAUUUGAACUAUGUGGUUAUAAAGUUUUGUAACUUUUGUGUACUGUCUCUGUUUUAUUGGUAAUCCAGAUCUUUGAAAUAAACAUUGUGUAGUAUGAA